AUGGCGUCGUGCUUCAACUGGCUGCUGGCGCGCCGUUUCAGGAGAGUUACAACCAUCUUGGCCGGCCUGAUACUCUCCAUCGCCACCAUUGUGUUCCUUGUCAACAACCUGGGCCCGGCUCCGGCUUUGCCCAAAGGCAGGCCGAAGGCAUCAUCUUCCGGCGAUGAAGCAUUAAGCUCUGGAUAUCCUCUCUGCAGCGAUCACACAAACCCCAAUGUCACUUACCCCCUGGAAUCAUGGCGGGCUGCAGCUGAGACCAAGUAUGGCGGGCAUCUGGAUGACAAGUUUACAAUCGCCAUGUCGACUUUCCAUCGCCCCAAGGAGCUCCAUCGCACAUUGACUACUCUCCUGUCUGCCGAGAUCCCAUCACUACUCGAAAUAGUCGUUAUAUGGAACAAUUUUGACGAAAAGGAGCCUGACAGCUUUGUCUCCGAGUCCGGUGUCUCUGUGCGAUACCGUAAACCGACUCGCGACAGCCUCAACGAGAAACUCUGGCCGGAUCCCACAUAUCGCACAAAGGCCAUUCUUCUCACCGACGACGAUGUCUUUUACCGCCCUGACGAUCUCGAGUUCGUGUUCCAGAUGUGGCGCAAAUUUGGAAAAGAUCGGAUGACGGGAGCCCUUGCGCGCUGUGUUUCGGCUCUCCCGUCUGGCGAGUGGGAUUACAACUUUUGCUCUCAGAGGGAGCACGAGGACGUUUACUCCAUCGUCUUGACCAAUCUGGCUUUUACACACAUUGCGUUCCUGGACUAUUACUUUUCCGACGAUGCUGCUGUCACAAAGAUCCGCAAAUACGUGGACGAUGCCUUCAACUGCGAGGAUAUUGGCCUCAACUUUGUCUCUUCCAUGUUGACCGGUUCAGGGCCCCUUUUGGUCCGCGGCCGCCAUCAGUACGUCAAUCUGGAUCCUGCAGGCGGCAUCAGCAGGAAACCAGGCCACAUGGAAGCUCGCAGCAAAUGCCUCAACGUCUUUUCCGAAGCCUUUCAGUGCAUGCCGCUGGUCAACGAAACGGGACGGAUAGAACAUGGAGUCAAACACAAUGUAUGGUACAAGUCUCUGUGGGACGUGAUUCACGGCUAG